CCGAUCUGCCAGUGAAGAGAGACAGAAGGCCUUAAAGCUUAUAAAUUUAUAGACGAUGAAAGUGGGGUUGACAAAACGCUCUUUCUUUUUAUAGACAGUAUUGUAGUCUUUCUCACGAUGAUCAUAGAAAAUGUUGAAGCCUUGAAGUCGUGGCUGGCAAAGCUCCUGGAGCCGAUAUGCGAUGCCGACCCCUCUGCAUUAGCCAACUAUGUAGUCGCUCUUGUGAAGAAGGACAAACCAGAGAAGGAGUUGAAAGCACUUUGUGCUGAUCAGCUUGAUGUCUUCCUACAAAAAGAGACGGUGGGAUUUGUUGAUAAACUUUUUGAAUGCUUAACAACUAAGAACUACCUGGGAAACCCUGCUGCCAAGGAAACUCCCAAAGAGGAGAUUAAACUGCCUGCAAUGAAGGCUGACAUCAUUGAGGCUGAAACACUAGAGGAAGACAGAGAAAACAGGCGAAGGAGAAGUCCUCUGAGAAACCGCUCUGACUUCAACGAGUCCAGGAACCGCGACGACAGGAGGCGAGAUGAGCGCAAGCGCCGUGACUUCGAUCGGCACGGGAAAAGUGGCGGUGACUUGCACCGAGAGCGGGAGCGCCACGAGCGUCGCAGGGGCAGCCCCCGUGGGAGAAGCUACAGCAGGAGCCGGAGCAGGAGCGGCAGUCGUGGAAAGAGCAGAGAUAGGGAGCACAGAGGAGGCAGAGACUUCAAGUCAAAGUUUGAGGUGGAAAGGAAGGAAACCGACUGCUACAACUCUUCCACGACAUCCGGCUUGCAGCAGCAGCACCCGUCGCCUCUUCUGCCCCUGCACACACCCCUGCAUCCCUUUUCCUCUUCUUCCUCAUCAUCAGCCGGAGUCUCAGGAGCUGGGGGAGUGCCGGUAGCAACACCGGCUCACUUGCCCGACAGCACUACAGACAGCUGGUCUGGCUAUUAUGGAGCAAGGCAAGAUGGUGUUUGCAAGCCAUUCAGCAGCAAGAGUGCUUCACUCAAACAGCGCUGCAGGGAUUACGAUGAAAAAGGAUUUUGCGUCCGUGGUGACCAUUGUCCCUAUGAUCACGGCAGUGACCCCCUUAUAGUUGAUGAUGUCAGUCUACCAAAUAUUAUUCCGUUCCCACCCCCGCCUAUUCUGCCGCCUGCUGGUCUGCCCAUGCCCCCCAUCACUGAGCCACCUCCCUCCCUCAGGCUGCCUUCAAUGCCACCUUAUGGCCAGCCACCACCACCAGGUGUUUUCCCUAUGACAGGACCCCCACUGAUAGCAACCAGUGGGAUUGAUACCCCCAACCAUCAAUCUGCAAUCACUUCUUCUCCUCCUGUCGGACCACCUGGCGUGGGCCUGCCUCCUACCCUUCCUCCUCCUCCACCUCCUUCCUCGACCUCAUCUGUAUCUCUUCGUCCCCAAUAUGUCCAGUCUGAAUACAACUAUGAUCCAGAAGGCUACAACCCAGAAUCUCCAGGCCUGACUGCAGCAGGUCGUAACUCGUACCGUCAGUUUAUCCCCCGGGUGCAGACUCAACGCUCCAACCUUAUCGGCCUCACCUCCAGUGAAGGGCAAGGUUCCAGAGCUGCCAACAUAGUGAUCCAGACAGAGCCGGCUACUAAACCCAGCACUCCAGGAAGUAACGUGUCCCGUUUCAACACAGAGCAGGACAGCAGGAAGAGAACCAUGGGACCCAGUACAGCUGAGGGACCAGCACCUAAAAAACCCUGGAUGGAGAAGCCGAGUUUUAACAAUCAGCAUAAGGGUGCUUUUCCCAAGAGGAAUCACUACGUGAAUACAAAGUUGGAGGUGCGCAAGAUCCCGCGUGAGCUCAACAACAUCGCCAAACUCAACGAGCACUUCAGCAAGUUUGGAACCAUUGUCAAUAUACAGGUUGUCUUUGGCGGAGAUCCAGAGGCGGCACUGAUUCAGUAUACAAAGAAUGAAGAAGCCAGACGAGCCAUAUCCAGCACAGAGGCGGUCCUCAACAACCGCUUUAUUCGCGUGUAUUGGCACCGUGAGCCUGGUACCAACACCACGGGCCUUCAGCAGCAGGAGCAGAGCUCAGGGAGCCAGGCGGCCGGGUCAGCGCCCAGCCAGGGGCUGCAGCACAGCAACAUGCAUAAAGGGAUCAAGCAGCACAAUCCAGCUGCUUAUGUGUUGAACAAGACUGUACCCAAGCAUCAUCUCACAGCAACAGCUGGGACUACAACAAAUGCCAAGUCAGACAACCUGAAUCCAAACACAGACAAUGCUGCUGUGGUGCCUGCUCCUACAAACACCCAGAAGGCCCUCUACACUUCCACAGCCCCCAAGUCUUCCUCAAAGACCCUUGGGAAAACGGGAAAAGCACUGGAAGCACAGGAAGCUCUCAAGAAAAAGCAGGAGGCACUAAAACUCCAGCAGGACAUGAGAAAGAAGAAGCAGGAGAUGUUAGAGACACAGAUUGAGUGUCAGAAAGCAUUGAUAAGCCGCCUGGAGAAAAACCGAAGUAUGAAACCUGAAGAGAGGGCUAACAUCAUGAAAACCCUGAAGGAACUGUCGGAGAAGAUUACCCAGCUCCAGAAUGAAAUGAACCCUGCCUCCCAGGUCUCGAGUGGCAAAACUAACCACAGUCAACCCAAAACUAAGACUGAUGCCCAGAAGGAGCUGCUAGAUGCUGAGCUGGACUUUCACAAGAAGAUGAGCUCUGGAGAGGAUACAACAGACCUCAAAAGAAAACUGGGCCAGCUACAGGUGGAGGCAACACGUUUGGGUCUGAUCCGGCCUCCACUGGGUCGUGGUCGCGGCCGAGGGAAGAUGGCACUGGAACCUGGUGGGAUGCAUGUGGGCCGCGGCCGGAGUCGAAGCCGCGAAAUGAUGGCGCGUGGCGGGGCCGUGAACCGAAUGGUGGUUGAUCACAGACCCAGAGCCCUGGCUAUUUUAGGGGUUACUCAGGAGGAGAAAGAAGAACUAAUGCCGCACUUUGUGAAAUUUGGUGAGAUUGAGGAUCUCCGUGACCAAGAUGCUAACAGUGUUGUCAUGACCUUUAAGACGCGGAGUGAAGCAGAGAAUGCAGCCAACCAGGGAGCUAAGUUCAAAGGUCGUGUUCUGCAGAUUUCCUGGUACAAGCCCAAGACGCCCUCUGUUACAACAGAGCCCGAGGAAGAGGAGGCUAAAGAUGAGGACAAUACGAAGGAAGCUAGCUCUUAUUUACCUGGGGAGGAAGAGGAAGAAGAGGAGGAGGAAGAAGAUGACGAUGAAGACGAUGAGUACGAGCCCCGAUCUUGGAGGCGAUAAUGACGUUCGCCAUUAUCUGCUCUCCAAGAAAAUCAGUGGUCCCAAACCCCCUCAGCCCUCACAGAUGCAGAUAAAAUUGAUGUAAAGGAACUCACUUUUUUCCCUUUCCAGUAUUUUCAAAGUAAUUUUAGACUAUAAUCAAAGAAUAGCUGGUCGAUUUAAUUAUUUUUUUUUUGUUUGUUUGUUUGUUUUUUGUAUCCCUCAACUAAACAGUUCUUUAAAACAUCUCACUUUUGCUGAGAAAGAUAAAUGUUUAGUUGUUCUUAUAGCUAGAAAAACUUAUGUAAGUUUCUGUGUGCUUACCAGAUGAACAAUAUCAGUAAUGCACAACAUUUGUGUCGACUGUGAAUAGGUAUUUUUAUACAUACUGUAUUUAAGCUCUUUUUCUCACCAGUUUUUGUAGAAUCUUGUCCUCAGUUCAGGGACGGCCAUUCCAUCACCAAUAGAACGUUCUCUGUUGCUACCAGAGAGAGAUUUAUUUAUUCUCCACUGCAUAAAUGCACUGUGCCGUACCUAUAUUGGCAAAGUAUGGUAUGGUUUUCAACUUUGCUCAGUUUAUUUUCAUAUGGGUAAGCCCAAAAUGUUAAAGGAUCUCAUCAUAUUUUUUAUUUUAUUUUAUUUUAUUUUUUGGGUGUGUGUGCUGGCAUGAAUAACUGCUAGUAUGGAUGCAUGUUGGUGUUCUUUAUAAACAAACAGACCCAUAGUGAUACUGUACCAUGGCCAUACAGCCAGUGCAGGUACAGAAGGAUACCAGUGCAAUAGACAAACACAAUCAAUGUUUACACAUUUCCAUGCACAUCACAUACAGUCUUGUAGUAAAUGUUCAAGUUUUCCUCCCCGCUUUUGUUGAUCACUGUGUCCAGUACCACAGACACAUGUUCUGAUGUUCAUUUGCUAAGAGUGUAACAUUUUCACUUGUUUUCCUCUGUCAUGUGGUCAUUCAGAGGGCCUGACGGGACAGAGAUCAGAUCAGCCAUUUUAAAAAAUGUGAGAUCCAGAGACAGGUGUUUGAAUGUAAUACUGAAC